AUCUCAAGAACAAGUCUUUGUUUUUCCGGAGGCCUCCGACACUGCCCACGUGGUGGUGCAAUCCUGCCUUCAAGAGCCACUGACCAGCUUCACCGUAUGCCAGAGGGUGUACACAGACUUGACUCGCCCUUACUCCACUUUCUCUUAUGCUACCCAGGCGAGCGACAAUGAUAUCCUCAUCCACAAGGCCAGCCCCACUCAAUACGUGCUUUAUUUGGGACGGUCCAACGUGGCCUUUAACAUUCCAGCCACUAAAUUUGGGUGGGAGCACACCUGUCUGGCGUGGGAUUCCUCCACGGGGCUAGCAGAGCUGUGGCUGAAUGGUAUCCCUUUGCCCCGCAAGGGAAUUUUGAAGGACUACGUUAUAAGUCCAAAUGCUUCCAUCGUCCUCGGCCAGGAUCAAGAUACCAUGGGGGAUGGAUUUGAUAUCAAGGAAUCCUUUGUAGGGGAACUCACAGAUGUUUAUCUAUUCAACUGGGUUCUGUCACCCCGAGAGAUAGCUUUUCUUAAGCGCAGUCUUUUUGCUUACAAGGCCAGCAUUAGCUGGAGAUCCUGCAGCUACAAAAUCAAGGGUUACGCUGUUCUGAAGCCCUUCCUGUCUCCAGUGGUGUGAGCCUCAGAGAUUUUACAUCUUGAUCAUCCACCUAAUAAAAAUUGA